UAAAGCGUUUAUGUUAUUAGCAUUUUAUUCACUUUUCUCAUGCUCCUCAAAAUCUGCAUUCUUGAUCAAAGUUGAGUAUUUGUUUUGAUUUGACUGCACAGCCGGUUUAAAUCUUGUCGUUUGCCAUAUUCCGUUGACGAAAUAAUAUCACCUUAAAAUACAGAUAGUUAUGAAAGUAUAUCAUCUUGCAGUUUACUGCACAAUUACGGAAACUUUAAUUUAGACAUAACAGCGAUGACAAACCGUAAUUGAAAAAUAGUAUUUCAGUAGCGAUAGAUGAACUAAGGAUUUCUGUCAAUGGACGUGAGCAACUCUUGGCGUAUCUCACGGAUCGUUAUUUCAAGAGCAACCAGACACUCAUGAAUUCACAAAAGUGAAAACAAAGAGUUGUAUUUCGUGAAAGGAAGCUGUUCUUGAAACAGAAAAGACAAUAACACAAAAGGCGAUCAAAAGUUAAAAUGCAGUUGUUAAGGGUAAAUCAAAAUUAACUUCCGAUCUGUCUAUUAAAUUGAAUUCCUUCAAUUCUCCGCUCUUGUUAAACCGGAUGUUAAUGUCUAUGUAUUGCACAGUUUAUUUAUAUUAUGGUUAUAUCUCGGACAAUCCAUUGUUUAAAAAUUUCUUCUCAUGAAAAUUUCUUCUAAUAUCCCAGAAAAGUUAGUUUGAUGUAGAGACGGCUUGUCUCUCCAAACUUGCAAGAUCUUUCAUCUCCAUUGUUUCCUCUUUAAAUAUUUUGUGUCGAAUCUGCGGUUUUAUUAAACCUAGAUUAGCUGUGAUUGGCCGAUCUGAUCACACGUGUGGGACAUGUAAACAAUCCAGAGGGUUAUUGAGCUUCCCACUUUCUAUUAAUAAACUGGAGAGCUUGUGACGCAGAGAUGCAGAUUUUGUCGUAUCGAUUAUUUACUUUCCUCGCGGAAAAACAAACAAGAUUUCAAAUAUGCCUUCGGCAUGUACGCCAGUAACACAUCGAUAUAAUGUUUGAAUCGAAAACGCCACGAUGGCUUUCUUUUGCCCAUCACAACUGACAUUGAAAAAGAAAGUUUUACAGAGCAAGAAGCCUUAUCCACCUGAUGUCUAUCGCCCGUCAUCAAGUCAACAGCAAAACGGGACAACGACCUCAGAAGUUACGAAGUCUGCUCUAAAAAAUGGCUCGACUCCAAGCCACAAACAGGAGAAGCGAAACGUCCGAAUCAACGAAUCGGGCGUGAGACAUGAAACGCUUUUUGAACGGAAAAUUCGAGCUGCAAGUUUGGGUAAACCUGCCAACGUUCGAGUGAAAGUAACGCAAAGUUACGAGCCGGUUGAUAAAGAGGAACUUAAAGUACGAAAAGGACAGCACGUGAAAAUACUCUACCAAGAGAAUGACUGGGUUUACGCGAUUGACUCGUUAGGAAAUAAAGGGUUUAUCCCGUUGUUUUACUGCUCGACGAGAAGUGUAUCCACCGACUCGAAGUCAAGCACCUCAGGUUACGAGGAUAGUUUCGAGGAUAGCGAGGACGGAGUCGGCGAAAGAACUACGGUGGUCGUUUUCAACGAUCCUCUAAAUAGAGCGAGUCAUAGCCCAAAUAACUCAAUGACUUAUUUCCCCAAGAGAGCUUACGGUCCGCAGCUGACAGUUUUAUAUGACUAUACUGCGCAUUAUGAGAAUGACUUAAGCGUUUGUCGAGGUGAGGUUGUUAUGCUGCUAAACGAUCAAGACGAAGAUUGGUUUUGGGUCUCCACAGAUGAUGGUGAGGAAGGCUUUGUUCCUCGAUCUUUUGUCGUCUCUCACGUCUGCGAAGCCUGUGUUCAACGGUUAUCUUCACCAAACGGUACAUCGCUCAACUCACCGAACCUCAGUUCUUCUGACGUCACACCAGUAAGUUCGAGUUCGACUGGGAUGAAAGGCAAAUCAUGGCAGACGGAUGUAACCUCAUCAACAUCCAGUGAUAAGACUUACACCCUAAAAGGAACGCGUCUAAUAGUACUUUACAAUUUUGAAGGGAAGGCUUUUGACGAUUUGCCUGUUAGACCCGGAGAGUAUGUAUAUGCAAAUCUAAAGGACCAAAUUGUGCCUGGGUAUAUCUGGGCUUAUUCGCCAAAUAGUAAGAAAUCUGGGUUUAUUCCAGAUGAUCAUGUCAAGGAGCCAGUGAUAACAGAUAUAUAAUUGAUAUAAGAAGUUUGCAUUUCAAUAACAAUCACAGAAACUCUCUCCACAACAGGUUAAAUGCCCCUCUCGUUGAAGGCUAGGACUAAGAAAUAAUGAGAAAUCUCUGAUUUAUAAGUCUAUUGCUCUAUUUUGUUCUUUGUGAUUUAUCCAUUUAUUAAUGUUCGUUGUCGUUUAUUGUUCGAAGUCUCAUCACCUAUACAGUGGAGCAGAGAGUUUUUACCGUUCAGUCUGUUUUUAUGAUGUCUUCUGAGGCUUUUUGAUAUCAGAUAAAAUUCUCUAUCCGCCACCCUUUCCAUCCCUCGCGGUUAAAAUAGAGAUGGGAUGUAACAUGAGAAAACGAGGAAAUAGAAAGUAACUGAGACCAGGGGAUAUGUCGAAGGGGAUACGUCAAUUUGAUUCCACGGAAUUUAUUUUUAGUUCUAAACAGAAACGGAAGUCUAAUUGAUCUUAUAUCGCAAGACGUUUGCGUCGAGAGAUUGUCUAUUAAUCACUUAAGUAAAACUGACAUCUCCUAAGGCCUGAACCAAAAGGAGUUUUUCUCUCUGUUUUUUUUUUAAGAAUAUUUGUUCCUUUACUAUAUCAGUUUUAUCUAAGUCAUGUGGUAAAAAAAGCUGUAUUCCUAUAAGAACGAUGUUUUAGGUAUCAAAAUGUCCUUUUUGUAAGUUUUUGUAAUCCACCCGCAAGGCUAAAGCCUUCUUUUAAAGAAAGAUAGGAUUGAAUUCAA